GCGUUCGCGCGCGCUCCACGGCAUGCUGCUCCACCCGAUGCUGACGAACUGCUCCGCGACGGCGACGGCGGCGGUGACGACGACGACGACGACAGCGGCGGCGGCGAUCUCGCUCGCUGGCCUGCGGAAGUGCUGUACGGAAGCGAAACCGGAACCGCUCAAGAUGUUGCCGAGCAGAUCUGGAAAAGCGCCAAAAGGAAAGGAUUGCAAAGCACCGUGUCAUCACUGGAUGAUUACAAUAUUCAAAAUUUUUCUUCCGAACAAUUAAUUAUCUUUGUUGUGGCGACAACUGGACAAGGAGACCCUCCAGCCAACAUGAGACAAUUUUGGAGACAUCUAUUACGCAAAAAUCUUCCAACAACCUUGCUUCAAAAUCUAAAAUAUGGCGUACUCGGAUUAGGCGACAGUUCAUAUUCAAAAUUCAACUUUGCUGCGAAGAAAUUGAAUAAACGUCUUGCGCAAUUAGGUGGGAAAGAAUUAUUAUCCAUUGGACUUGCUGAUGAUCAGCAUAAUCUGGGAAUUGAUGCUGUAGUUGAUCCUUGGAUCAAAAAAUUAUGGGAAGAAAUUGCGGACGUUUUCGAAAUUUCUCUAGAAGACAAAAUAAAUGAAAAAAAUUUAAUAAUUGAAAGAUACAGUGUUUCAAUAAUAGAACUGAAUCGAUUAAAUCCAAUACAUAUUAACGAACAGUUAAUAGAUAGUCCCUAUGAAUCAAAUACUGACAUCUAUGCACAAGAAACACUUAUAAAUAGUAAUAUUAGGAUAGGUAAAAUAGUCGAAAAUAUAAGAACUAUCCAAGAUCACUUUCAAGAUGUUAGAUUAAUAGCAAUCCAAGUGGAUAACAUUAAAUAUAAUCCUGGAGAUGUUAUCUACAUUAGGCCGAAGAAUACUGUAGGACAAGUAAAACGGUUUUUCGAUAUAUUACACGAACAUGAUAUAAAAUUGUUUCCGGAUACAAUGAUUCAAGUCGAAAAAGAAAUAAAAGUUCCAUUUGUUUUAAAACGAAAUUUAACUUUAAAAGAAAUUGUUGAACAGUACUGGGAUCUGAAUUUCAAGCCACGAAGAUCUACUAUGCAUACUUUAUCUCUUAUCAGCGAAAAUGAACUGGAGAAAGAGAAACUGUGUGAAUUUGCCAGUCCAAUUGGCCAAGAAGAACUUUAUGAUUAUGUAAACAGACCAAGGAGAAACAUUUUGGAAGUUCUUACAGAUUUCCCUCACACGACCAGUAAACUAAAUAUUAAAUUAUUAUUUGAAAUUAUGUCACCUAUAAAGCCACGUCCCUACAGCAUUGCCUCCAGCUUAGAAGACACUCCAAAUAAAAUACAAAUUUUGGUAGCAGUAGUCAAAUUUAAAACUCGAUUGAUGGAGCCAAGGUUUGGAUUAUGUUCAAAGUGGGUGGCAAAUUUAAAAAAUAAUGAUAAAGUGAUAUUUUGGCUGCAGAAAGGAACUUUUCAAUUUGAUAAUGAUAAACCGAUGAUUUUGAUUGGUCCUGGCACUGGAGUGGCUCCGUUUAGAUCUUUGCUUUUAGAAAGAGCAAAAAAAGGAGAAGAUUUAAAAGAAUGCAUCCUAUUUUUUGGAUGUAGGAAUAAGAACCAAGAUUAUCACUGCAAAGAAGACUUUGAACGUUUAUCAAGGACGAAUAAUCUAAGACUAUUUUGUGCGUUUUCCAGAGAUCAAGAUCACAAAAUAUAUGUGCAACAUCUUAUUCGACAACAAAGACAAUUAUGCUGGGAAUUUUUAGAAAAUAAUGGGAAUAUUUAUUUAGCGGGAAAUUCUAAAGAUAUGCCAAAUAACGUCCGCGACGAAUUCGUUAGUUUAGCAAAAGAAAUUGGUAAAAUGACGAAAGAACAGGCAGAAACAUUUGUCAGAUAUUUGGAGAAAAAUAAUAGAUAUCAAACAGAAACUUGGGGUUGAUAAAACAUUUAAAAAAUCACAAAUUUAUGAAAAAUAUUUAAUAGGCAAAAAUAUAGCUUUUAUAUGAAAGGA